AUGUCAAGCAAAUCCAGCUCGGGUGCCCCCUCCACUAACCCGGCGAAGGAGAAGCCAUCGGAGCCCGACGUUUUACAAAAAUUGGAGGGACACUUCUCUCCCGAUCCACUCCGCGAGAAGGGAGCCUGGACUCCUCGCACCAAAUCUCAGGCGUCUAGUAAGGGUGAUGCCCCCUCGACCGCUAUGCCGCUCAGCUCUCAGACAACGUCUGCAAAUGACACCGCCGACAAGGGUGCGGCGCCUACUUCCCAUCCUUCUGUAAACCCUUCCGGUGAUGCGGCGGCGCCUUCAAAUCCCAAGCCGAGUAAAUUUUUUUUAGGGCCGGCGCCUGUAGUUUUUAGGGCUUAG